CCUGUUUUACUGAGCAUGUGUAGUGAUCGUUCGGAGGAAUUAUAUAUGUCUAUUUUCAACUUUGUGCUUGAACGUGUCCCUUUAUUAAGCAGUAUCCAGACAGUUGUAACGUCGUUGGAACGCCCUCUCGUCCGUGCAAUUAGGCGCUUCUUUCCUAAUUGUUUCAUUCGGUGUACUUGGUUACACAUCAUAAGAAACCACACCCGCCUUUGGGCAGAAAAAAAAUUGCCAAUGCGCUACAAUGAUACGGUGUUGAAGUUGUCAUGGGCGUAUCCAUUAGUCCCAGAACACUUGCGUCCCCAGGCAUUAUUAUUAAUUAAAGAGGAGAGUUCUUUAAUUGAAAAUGAACACAUGGAUGUAGCUGUAUAUUUGCGACAUGUUGAGCGAUUCAACGAUUUCCAUCGUCAAGCACGAUCAGUACGGUUCACUAAUGUUUCUGAAGAUUUUGCUGGAGGUCUGAGUCACAGCGACACGGAGCGACCUUCAAUAUUUGAAUUAUUAAAACGUAUUAGAAAUGUUCUUAGAACCGGUGUAGCGGAAAUUCUUCGCAAUCGAUCAACAGUUACCUUAACAGACGAGAACACGAACACCAGAAUUGCGUCUCUUCAACACAUGUUAAAUAAUUCUCGCAUCACAUUAGAGACCUUCCUCUCCUGUGUCAUCGACAGACACCAAAGUAAUUUGAUCUCACUGGCUGUUGCAAAUGAAACAAAUUCAAAAAUAGCGACACCCUACUUUGAUGACCUGCAAGAUCCGGUCGGAGGAAGGAGUAACCGUGCAACAACGUUGUUUAACUUGAAUCCUCAAGUCACCGUAGACACUACUGAACGUCCAACGCAUGGCGAUCAAUUGUCAUGGAUUUCCUCAAGUCAAUUGAGACUAUCACCGUCACCGAUGGACUUCAGAGACUUACCAGUGGGAACUCGUGACACUGCGUUGGACGACACGAUGAUGUUAACAUCAGAAAGUGAUGAUGAGGACUUAUUACAACUACCAAGUGAACUAUCAUCAUCGUUAACAAGACGGCGAACUUCCUCACCUUCGCUUAGACGUUUUCCAGCUGUUGAGACCUCCAAUACUUCUCCAAGAACUGUCCAGACUUCAAGUGUCUCUCCAACUCACGGUCACGGUGUUUUCAGCGUUUCUCUAGCUGCUCAUGGAACUUCCAGUCCGUCUUCAACUCCUGAAACCUCAAGUAUUUCUCCGGCAAAUGGUAUUUCUAGCGUUUCUCCAGCUGCUCAUGAAACUUCCAGUCCGUCUCCAACUCCUGGAACUUCAAGCAUUUCCCCGGAAAAUGGUGUUUCCAACGUUUCUUCAGUUGGUCCUGGAACUUCAAGCGUUUCCCCGGCAAAUGGUGUUUCCAACGUUUCUUCAGCUGGUCCUGGAACUUCAAGCGUUUCCCCGGCAAAUGGUGUUUCCAACGUUUCCUCAGCUGGUUCUGGAACGUCAAGCGUCGCCCCGGCUAAUGGUGUUUCCAACGUUUCUUCAGCUGGUCCUGGAACUUCAAGCGUUUCCCCGGCAAAUGGUGUUUCCAGUGCUUCUCCAGCUGUUGCUGGAACCUCAAAUGUUUCUCCAGUUCAACCCUUAACUGCAGCUAUAAUCAUUAGCGACUCAGAUAACGACGAAGAUCCUGUCAAUCAUAAGUUUAUUUGCGUCUGCUGUCGCAAAAAUCCACCAGUUCUUGCUUUUGUCCAUUGCGGCCAUAGAUGUGUGUGUGUCGACUGCCGCCAAAAAGUGGGGAACAAGUGCCCAUUAUGUCGCCGAUGUUCUGGCGCCAUUCGAAUUUAUGAUCCAUAGACAGUGCCAACACAAGUUAAAAAUAAAAUACCUGGAUAAUGUAGGUAUUUAUUAGAAGAAAAAAAAAAAAA